GUUCCCAUAUAUUUGCGAAGACUAACACAUAGAUACCGUCUUCCUUUCCGGCCCCAGGACGCUAAUAGACACAGGGACAACUCUUUUUGCGCUUCAGUUUCCCAAGUCAUUCAUUCCUUCUUCUCAACAACGGCUGGAAUAUUUCCUUUCUUAUUCAUAUCGAACGAAGUCCAACCCUCCUCUCUUAUCCCAUCGAGGGUAUCACACGACAUCGUAAAUGGGACAGCUAACAUACCAAUUACCUUCACUUGUCGAAUACAAUCGGCAAGGGUGGCAGACGACUUGUUCAAGUGCAGCCGUAGUUACGAGUUUACUUGCGGCUGUAGCUACUGGCCUUUUAUCAGCCGUUAACGACGUUGUCAAUGAUGGGGAUUUCAAGCAGAAGGCAAAUCCACACGUCCUUGACUUUCUCUAUGUCGGAUCGUUUGGAGCCAUCAUCUUGAAUGCAAGUGCCACUGUCACGUCUCUGUUUCUUAUCGACGAACUGGGAGACCUUCCCACACUUGCCUCCGAUCUUGACAAACCAAAAGAUGGUUUUGCUCCAGAUAAUACAGAUAUUUUGGUCUACUAUGGGCUGGGAAAUACAUGGACCUGGACACGAUGGCAUUGGAUUAUCUCACUGGUUCUGGGGGCUUGGUGUCUCUUUCUUCAGGUCAUCGUAUUCGUAUACGUUACGCAAACAACGUCGGUAAAAGUGGUGGUGACGAUUUUUUCAGUUCUACCUAUGUACAGGUUGAUGCCAAAUCUUUUCAAGAGGAAUAAUACUGUAUACCCUGGUGAUAGUCCGAAGUACCCGUAACCCGAUCGUGUAGCCGCCUGUACUUCCUAUCUAUGUCAUUUGUGAUCAUUUUUCUCUCUCACCAAGAUCAGAUAUCAUUUGAGAAGACGUAAUAACAAUUACAAGUCAAGACCUAAGAAGUGAUGUGGAUAAGGACAAAGAGCGAGCCCACUCUCUCAAUUUCGAUUAGACACCUAUCGCAAGUAGCAAUACGCGGCCCACAACCUUGGAGGCAGGAUCAGACAGCAACAAGGCUUCUGGGGGGGAUCCUGUCUUAAAUUGAGAUCUACUGCGAACGCGAUCUUGGAUUUCGGGCGACAUGCGAGCAACUUGAAGUACUUCCCACAGGAUCACAUCCAACUGCGUGGAUGGUGGAACGGAAA